CUUGCAGUCACGUGACCCAUUCACCUGUAUCCAACCUGUUUAUCUGCUGCCCCAACAACUUCGCGUGCGGGGAUAAAUUUAAUCCCCCGUCGUUUUAUGGCUAAAGAGUAUUUUGUUAGUGAUAUUAUAAAGUCAAGUAAAUACCAUAGCAUGAUUUUUAAACGUUUUUCAUGAUUUGUUUAUUGUGCGCGUCCGUGUGGACUUCGACCUCUGUGAAUUACCUGUCAGACAAGGAAGUGACUCUCGGCUGCUGAAACUCUGUGUUGAUGCAAGUGACAGGCGAUUUGUAAUGGCAGCACAGGCUGACGAUAGGCCAUUUUAAAAAGAGGAAAUUAUUUUUUUCUAUUUAGUCGACAGCUUGUUUCUGUAGUAGCCGGGGCGACUUUGUGGAGCGUAUUUUUAUUUUUCACCUGCUGUAAAUCUGCUGGGAUAAAGCCGGUCACACUCACAGGGACGAGCUGAGCUGCUGGGAAAGAUGAACAGCUCUGUGGAAGUCAUGGACUCGGCAGUCCAAAAUGACUCUGUGGUUCACCUGGAUGCACCGAUCCUCCCAGACAAGUCAGACAUCUCCAACAUGACCAUUCUUCGCACGGGGAAUGGCUCCAUCAUAGAGGACCAGAUGUUUUUGAACACACUGGCUGCUCAGGCCCUCUCGGGGAUAUUUGUCUGGUCUGCAUUGCUGAUAACUUGCCAUCAGAUCUUCACACACCUACGGUCCUACACUGUCCCCAACGAGCAGCGCUACAUCAUCCGCAUCCUGUUUAUUGUACCAGUUUAUGCCUUUGACUCGUGGCUGAGCCUGCUCUUCAUCAGCAAUGAUCAGUAUUAUGUGUACUUUGAUUCUGUCCGAGACUGCUACGAAGCGUUUGUCAUUUACAAUUUCCUGAGCCUGUCUUUUGAGUACCUCGGAGGAGAGAGCGCAAUCAUGUCAGAGAUCCGAGGCAAGCCCAUACAGUCAAGCUGCCUGUAUGGCACCUGCUGCCUGGUUGGAAUGAGCUACUCCAUUGGCUUUUUAAGAUUCUGUAAACAGGCGACUCUCCAGUUCUGUGUUGUCAAACCCAUCAUGGCAGUCAUCACCAUCAUCCUGCAGGCCUUUGGCAAAUAUCAUGAUGGAGAUUUUAACGUGAACGGAGGAUACCUGUACAUCACAAUCAUCUACAACUUCUCAGUCAGCCUCGCCCUCUACGCCCUCUUCCUCUUCUUCUUCGCAACAAGUGACCUGCUCAGGCCUUACGAGCCAGUGCUCAAAUUCCUCACCAUCAAAUCCGUCAUCUUCCUAUCCUUCUGGCAAGGAAUGGUGCUGGCUAUCCUUGAGCGCUGUGGGGUCAUUCCUAAUGCGCUUUUCAUCGAUGGAGUUGAGGUUGGCGCUGGCACGGUGGCAGCAGGCUGGCAGAACUUCAUCAUCUGCAUUGAGAUGUUCUUUGCUGCCAUCGCCCUCCGAUAUGCCUUCACAUGCACUGUCUAUCAGGAGAAGAAAAAUGACAUACCAGACAAUGUCGCCCCCAUGCAGAGCAUCUCCAGCGGGCUGAAGGAGACAAUAAACCCAGGAGACAUGGUGCAGGAUGCCAUCCACAACUUCUCCCCAGCCUACCAGCAGUACACCCAGCAGUCCACACAGGAGGUGGUCCAGCCCGGCCAGAAUGGAAAAACGGGGCCGGGGAGCAACAAGGGCUCCCGGAAGUCUGACAAAAUCAUGCUGAUAACCUCUGAUGAUGAGUUCUAGGCAUUUUUUUUUCUUCCUAGCAGGAACGAGGACUUUGUAUCCUUGUCACCCCAGUGUCCACUCCACUUCCAACAGCUGUAUUGCAGACACAUGGCUGGAUCUCCAGUCUUUCUGCUUAAUUUGUAUCGCCUCAGUGUUUAAGAUAAGCUGCUCACUUCUGUCCUGUGUUCAUAAAUAAUUCAAGAGCAAUGAAGUGGAUGGAAUUCAUUAAUUAUUCUAACAAUAAUUAUUAGCUCAGUGCGUCCUGUCUCUGCACCUCAUUAAUAAUCACAAGAAAAUGGCAAGUACUCAUAACUGUAUCAGAAAUCACAGUCUGUUCAGCGAUGAUCCUGAUUCUGUCUCAGCUCUAUCACGUCAGUGCUUUCUCCGGACAUCUGAAGUGUGUUCCCUCUGAUUCAUGUCAAUUUCAAAGAGGAGAUGAUUAAUAUGUGACUGCAGGAGGGAAGCAGGGGAGCCGGCGAUCGCUGGGAACAACAUUUCACGGACCGUCCCUUUGCUUGUGCUUGUUUGAAGUAUUUGCUGAGCAUUCCUCAACAUGGUUUCCUGACAAAUGGAAGGAUUUUUUUUUUUUUCAAAGACACACAAGUUUUGGAGCAGGUACUUCAAUCUGCUGACUACAGCACUUGAGAUCCUUUGUAUCUAACAUAGUAUGGACACAUCAGUCAGCCCUGUCUCCUGCACCAACUGGAGGAUUGUAGUAUUCUUAUAAAUAUCCUCAGCAUACAUAAGAGUGCGAAUCAGUGCAACUACACAGCAGUUCAGGAAACAUUAAGAAGUAGUUUUUGUGCUGUUUCAGCAUUAUAUUGUAAAUACCUUUUGGCAGAGCCUUUUGGUUAUGAAGUUCAUGUUGAAAUUCCACAUGUCGCUGAUUAUUAAAUAUGUACAUAAUUUGAUUGGUUUAAUUUUGAAUUAUGAUGUUCACUACCUUAUUGUACCUAACUAUACCUUAUUGUAAAACAUCUCUAAUCUUAUUGUACAUGUUCAUCUUAAGAAUUUGAAAAUGUAUAUGUAUACUGUAAAUGUGUAUAAUCCGUUUAGUUUAGGAGUCAAACCAAGCUCAUGCAUGCUUGCUAAUAAUGUAAAAAUGUGGAAGGAGGAAAAAACGCCACUUGAUUGUUUUAUUCGCUCCUGAUGUUUGUUUUCAGGUAUAAUGUAAUCCUAUUAUUAUGCCACACGGACGACAUAUAGCUACCUAGCCAGUCAGAGUUUAUAUAUGGUGACUUAGUUUCCUGAAUUUUGAUACUCUCUUGUGCCAAUACUAGCUGUCUUUCUGGGAAAGCAGAGAUUUAGAGUUGCGUACAAAGUGAUACUUCAAAACAUAUGGCAAAAUAGUGUCUUAGUUCUGUUUUGCACACAUGAAAUAAAACUCUUAAUAUUUUU